AGAUUCCUACCAGUCAGUGGUAAGGCUACAUCGGUCUUUCGCUCUGCACUUCAGGGUGAAACGUUUCCACGAGCGUCCUCCGGUUUGCAUGUUGUCCAGAAAAGGUGAAAAGACUUGCGCAGCCCAGCCAAGAGACGCCAAAUUGUCGUGGAAAUUAGACAACACUCGCGGACUCGUCCUCUGAAGCUGCUGCAGGUAUGAAGGAGCUGAUUGAAGAGACCCCCGACAGCGAGUACAGCUGCGCCGUGGCGAACCGCUUCGGCCGCCUUCUGGAUGACGAGUCCGACCCUUUCGACCUGCUGUACCAGGCCCAGAUGAAAAACGAGAAACGGAAGAAGAAAGAAGAGCUGAAAAAAGUCGUCACUUCGGCAAAACCCAGCAAGAAGGAGUCGCAGAGAGACAGGAAGGCAGUCGUUCGUGUCGAGGAUAAUCCCGCAGACAGGGCUGUUGCAGCCCAAAAGCGGCCUGUCCGAGCUACACCUGAGGACCGAGGAGAAAGACACGUGACCUUCAGUGAAGCCAAGCUCAUUGAGGGUGAAGUUUCUCUGGGCUACUCCAUCGAAAGGCCUGGAGAGCUUUUUGAUCGAGCAGCACGGGGAAGAGGAGGUGGAAGGGGACGUGGGGUCCGAGGUGUUGGAUAUUUCAGAUCUGCUGAUGGUUUUGAUACCAGGGGGAAACGGGAGUUUGAGCGGCACAGUGGCAGUGACCGCGCGAGUGUUCGGCCUGAGGAGAAGAGGGGUGGCAGUGGACCUCGCAACUGGGGCUCCAUGAGGGACCAUGUAAGUGCAGUGGCUGAGGGGGCACGUAAUGAGGAGACCGUUGAAGGCGAAGAAGUACCAGAUACAGCAGAGACUGAAUUGGAAAAUGGGCCCGUUGAUGCAGAAGAAGUGAUCGAAGUUGCUAUUGAGAUGUCUUUGGAUGAAUGGAAGGCCAUUCAGGAGCAAAGCCGACCAAAGGCAGAGUUCAACAUCCGUAAGGCGGACACCAAGUUGCCCCCCAAAGCUGUGGUGAUCCACAAGUCCAAGCGCCUUAAGGAGCGUGGCCUUGGUCUGAACGAAGAGGACCUAGUCUGCCGGCGCCCCACGAACGAUAUCACUUGUCAGGUGGACAUCAACUUUGGGAGUCUGGGGAGGCCUUCUCGAGGGGGCCGGGGUGGGCGUGGGGGACGAGGCCGUGGGGCUCCUGCCACCCAAAGAUCGCUUCAAAAAGAUAGUGAAGUGGCUCCGAACCCAGAUGACCCUGAGGAUUUCCCUGCUCUGGCUUGAUGAGAUCGACGGUACUGAGUCAGCAGAUGACUCCUGGGACUCGAACAGCACUUGAGAUUGUUGUGUUUAAAAUUAAAAUUAAAAAAAAAAAAGAGAUUAAACCCACGUUUAAUUAACUUGAGUCUUGGUGGCAUGUGUUCCCUCCCCAGACUGAAUUACUCUCCCUCAAGACCUUUACGUUUACAUUGUGAUGCUCAUUCUAAUAGCUUAAACGUGAAAAAUAAUAAAGCAAGCAAAAUAAA